UUUCACAAGCUAGAGUGAUAUCACAAUUCGGUGAAACGAAUUAAACUGGAGUGUUUCAUCGUAGAUGACGAUAAUUGCAAUUGCUCUGCUUGUGCUGGGACCAUGGCAGAUUCAAAGUGGCUCUCUGGAGGAUAAUUUUGGAGGAUAUGACUACCCAAAGCCUUCAUGUCCCCUGGCGUACCCAAACACGGUCACAACAACAGUGCCUUUGUUGGAAUACAUAACAGUGAAACAGUUUGAGACACGAACAAUUUUCAGUGUCCUUAAACCGAAAACGAUUUUAUCAACCGUGAUUGUGCCUACGACUACAACAGAUGUUAGUACAGUAACAAACUUUCAAACGAAAACGGACUACAGAACAGUUGUUAAUACUGUCACCGAAACAUUACCGGCCGUUACAAGAGUGUCCACCUUAAUUGAUACGCAAUGGGAAACUUCCUCCUAUCCGGUCACUACAACGGAAGUGUCCACCAAACGGAUCACUUUAACUGACACCAUAACCAGCAUUGAUACCGUGUUUGCAACGAUAGAACAAACAACAACCAUUCCAGUUACAACUACUUUCACUACAACGAUUUGCACCCCCAACAAUGCCUAUCUUCCUGUGCCGGAACAUUCAACCUGUUCACCUCCUCCUCAAACCUAUCUCCCGGUUGAUUUAGCACCACCGGAUAUUCCAGUGCAAACCAGGGCACUGGAGAUCACUGUUACAAAUACGCCAACGAUCACGUUAACUUCGACGGCCACACCGCAAACCGUUACCACCACCGUGCACCCGAAGGCUCAAACCACCAAAACCAUCACGAUCACGUUGGAACCAUCGGAAACCAGUACCCGGAUCAUCCGGCCCACCAGCACCGAACUCAGCUACCUUGAUCCAACGACCAUCAAACGAACGAUCAAACCAACCUCGACCAGCUACAUAUCGAAAGAUGCCGUGACGGUCUCACUAACGGUGACCAGAACCUCUUCGAUCAUAAAGUACGCGGAGCGCGUUACCAAAAGUGUCACCGUUACACCCACACUUACGACUUAUAUCUACCGGGAUACGGUGACUAAGACGCUACUGCCUAGUAAAAUAUUAAGCGCUGCCGGCUGAUAAUUGAGCGCUUCGGCGGGGGCGACUCCGAAAUGUGGAUUGAAAUAGAAGAAAUAGAUUUCUAAUAAAGUAUAGGAUUAGCCUACAGGUAUGCAGCUUUCCGAAAGAAAACUGA